UACCUUUUCUGCACCCAGCGCUGGCAGCCAUGGAAACCGAAGCGGAGGUGUUUGAACCAUUGGAGCUCCAUUACUCCGAUCUCGUCCUCCUAUCUUCAUCCCGUGCUGCUUCAUCCUCUUCUUCCUCCGAAGAACGGGAGAGGAUCGAGUUUGUCUCCAGCGCUGUCAUGAAAGCUCUAGGGCCGUUGGGUCCUGGUCUUCUAGCGAUCACCGGAGUUCCGAAGGCUUCCGAUUGGCGCCGGAAUUUUCUUCCUCUAGCGCGGAAGUUGGCACUCCUUAGUAAGAAGGAACGAGCGCAAGUGCUCAAGGAUAAUGGUUUGGGCAGUGAUGUACCGAUGAAGAAUCUUGAUAGAUCCGUCUCUUCAUUUGCCAUGCAGUUGAAAUAUGAGCAGUUUUCAAUCUUAGAAUCAGAAUCACCAAUCUCUAACAAUGGAAAGGAAGGUAGUCAUGAACAACAGUUGAUUGGCCAAAUGUUCAAAGAACUAGGCCUUUGCAUGAUAAAACUGGGGCUUCAGUUAGCACAGUUAUGUGAUAAAGUGAUUGGUGGUGGAGAAUUAGGGCAAAACAUACUCGAUGCGGGUACCGCAAAAGCACGCCUCAUUCACUACCAUUCUGUGCUAGACAACCUCAUCCUAAAACAGGAGAACAAGAGAACCAAAAAGUCAAUAUCAAAGGCAAGUCCAAUUACCCCAAGCCUUACAAAUUUGCAUGUUUCAGCUUCGUUAGAUGAUAAAGUUCUUCCCAAGUUUAUAAGAGAUGUUGAAGACUACCAGCUCUUAUGCAGCAAAAUUAGCCCUGAGUUCAGUCAUGUAAGGAAAUAUUUCUCAAAUCUGUGGCAACAAUGGCACUAUGACUACGGAAUAUUCACUAUCCUAACAUCUCCUUUAUUCAUGUCAUCUUGUGGGACAAAUGAUUCUUCCUGUGUCACAGAUUGUUCAUCUCUUCACGAGCAUACAUACUUGCAAUUAUUUGAUUCUACUAAUGAUAGGGUUCUUUUGGUAAAAGCAGCACCUGGGAGCUUUAUUAUUCAGGUAGGGGAAUCAGCUGAUAUCCUAUCAAAUGGAAAGCUCCGAUCAAGUCUACACUCAGUUGGCAGGCCUUCAGAGAUUGAAAGCCUGAGUAGAGAGACCUUUGUUGUGUUCCUGCAACCUUCUUGGAAUAAAGUGCUUCCUAUUCCUAGCUAUCUUAUGGAUGCCAAAGCGAAAGAUGAGAAGCCUUGCAUAAACAGUGAUGCUUCCAUUGUCGGUCACAUGGGUGGAUCUGGAGGCUUACGUCAUCUUGUUCAAGGAAUUUUCAGAAAAAUCCCACCUUUAUCAUCUCGGCUGAGACGUGGAAUGACUUUUGCAGAAUUUUCACGUGAGACUACAAAGCAAUACUAUGGUGGAAGUGGCACGCAAUCUGGUGGGAAAUAAUCCUGAUCCCUUAUG